AUGCCCGCCCUGCACGAGACAAUCGAGCCUCGCAUCAAGCGCAUCACCGUCCUCAUCUCCGGAUCUGGUUCCAACCUGCAGGCCAUCCUCGACGCGUCGUUGACUGCCAAGCUCCCCAACGCGCAGGUGACAUAUGUCCUGUCGUCUCGUUCCAACGCGUACGGCCUCGAGCGCGCGCGCAAGGCCAACCCCGCGAUCCCCACCUCUGUGUGCGCGCUCAAGACCUUCCUGAACCGCAACCCGGGCUCGUCGCGCGUCGACUAUGACGCCGAGGUCGCGCGCCGUGUCCUCGACUCGAGGCCAGACGUCGUCGUCCUCGCCGGCUGGAUGCACAUUCUCUCCGACUCGUUCCUCGACAUUUUGAACGGCACCACUGCUCCCCCCGCCGCCCCGGCGCUGCCGCCACCUACAAAGGGCGACAUUGACGCUGCGACACAGCCGCACCACGCCCCGGCUGCCGAGCUCAUCCAGGCCUCCAAGGAGCUGCCUGCCCCGCCCGCCAAGCAAAGGUACCCCAUCCCGUGCAUCAACCUGCACCCGGCAUUACCCGGCGCGUUUGACGGCGCCGCUGCGAUCCCGCGCGCGUUCGAGGCGUUCCAGAAGGGCGAGGUGGCCAACACGGGCGCCAUGGUCCACCGCGUCAUCAAGGAGGUGGACCGCGGAGAGCCCCUCGUGGUCCGUGAGGUCGAGAUCAAGAAGGAGGACACGCUCGAGGACCUCGAGGCCAGGAUACACUCCAUCGAGCACGAGAUCAUCGUCGAGGGCACCCGCCUCCUGCUCGAGGAGAUCACCAAGCUCGAGGCAGAGGACGAGAACGAGGACGAGGACGAGGCAGAGGCACCUGCUCCUGCGGACGACAAGGCCGUGGACGCGGCCGCCAAGGCGCUCGACAACCUCGAGCUGGCAAAGUAG